CUCCUAGUUUGGCUGCAAUCCCGCUCACAGACUGUCCCCAGCCGGUGCGACCUACGGGCGGGUAGUUCCUGGGCACGAUGGCUUCGCCAUUCGUGGCUCCGGUCACGCGGCAAGUCAGCGGUCGCGCCGCUCCAGCCUCAAUUCCAAGCGGCCCCGAGAGUGGGCAGCCCCUGGCCGCCACCGUGGCCGAGAUGCCCGUGCUGGACGCCUCCGGGAGGCGGGUGCUGUUCGGCUCGCUGUUCCGAGAGCGACGGGCUGUCGUGGUCUUUGUGCGGCAUUUCCUGUGUUACAUCUGCAAGGAAUACGUAGAAGAUCUGGCCAAAAUCCCCAAGAGUUUCUUACAAGAAGCAAACGUCACUCUUAUAGUGAUUGGACAGUCAUCCUACCAUCAUAUUGAGCCUUUCUGCAAACUAACUGGGUAUUCUCACGAAAUCUAUGUUGAUCCUGAGAGAGAAAUUUAUAAAAGAUUGGGAAUGAAAAGAGGUGAAGAAAUUGCCUCUUCAGGAAAGAGCCCUCAUAUAAAAUCAAACAUACUCUCAGGAAGCAUUCGGAGCCUGUGGCGGGCAGUGACUGGCCCUCUUUUUGAUUUUCAAGGAGACCCAGCUCAGCAAGGUGGAACAGUCAUUUUAGGUCCAGGUAACAAUAUCCAUUUUAUACAUCGUGAUAGGAAUAGGUUGGAUCACAAACCCAUCAACUCUGUUUUACAGCUCGUAGGCGUUCAGCAUGUGGACUUUUCAAGCCGACCUUCAGUUAUCCACGUGUGACAUUACAGACUCUGUUGCUUUCAAAUGGACCUUGGGAUGUGACCCAAAAUAUCGGAACGUAAUAAUAUCCUUGUGCCGUGUCUAACUUGUUGACUCUUCCCAGCCUUUGAGGAGUUAUGAAAACAUAGAAAGAUCAUGUACCCACCAGCUGAGUAGCAUGCUGAGAGGCAUCAGUUGUCAAAAUUGUGCUAUCCAUUUAUAACUUUAUAACUUUGAAAGGCUUGUUUUAUAAAAACAUUUUUGUAAAAAAAUGAAUUUUUUUUUCUUGGCCACAGCAUGCAGUGACUUGAUUUAGGAUCUCUGUUCUCAGACCAGGGAUUGAACCUGUGCCACAGUGGUGAAAGUGCUGAGUCGUAACCACCAGGGAACUCCAAAAAAAUUAAAUUUCAUUUAUACAAAAUAAAACGUUAAAAACUAUAAAAUUGUAGCAGUUUCCUGGUAGCUCAGCAGGUUAAGGAUGGGGCAUUGUCACUGCUGUGGCAUGGGUUCAAUCCCUGGCAGGAACUUUCACGUGCCAUGGAUGUGGUCAAAAAAAAAAAAGCUAUAAAAUUAUAUAUACCAUUUUUUAUUUUAUAUUAUGGUAUAUCCAUUCAAUGAACAUUUUUUGGCCAUUAAAAAUCAUAAAUUCUUUUUUUUUUUUUUUGUCUUUUUGCUAUUUUUUGGGCCGCUCCUGUGGCAUAUGGAGGUUCCCACACCAGGGGUCCAAUUGGAGCUGUAGCCACCGGCCUACACCAGAGCCACAGCGAUCAGAGCCGCGUCUGCAACCUACACCACAGCUCAUGGCAACGCCAGAUCCUCAACUCACUGAGCAAGGCCAGGGAUCGAACCCACAACCUCAUGGUUCCUAGUCGGAUUCAUUAACCCCUACGCCACGAUGGGAACUCCCAAAAAUCAUAAAUUCUUAUGAAGAACAUAUGAGGGGAGGAGUUCCCAUUGUGGCUCAGUGGAAAUGAACCCGACUAAUGUCCAUGAGAACAUGAGUUCGAUCCUUGGCCUCAGUGGGUUAAGGAUCUGGCAUUUCUGUGAUGUAGGCCAGCAGCUGUAGCUCUGAUUAGACCCCUAGCCUGGGAACCUCCAUAUGCUGUGGGUGUGGCCCUAAAAAGCAAAAAAUAAAAGAAGAAAAGACAGGAAGUAAAUCUACCAGAAUAUCACCAUUAGGUAUCUCUAGGUGGUAAGAUUACAAGUUUUUUUUAUUAUAUUUUCCAUACUUUUCUAUAUUUCCCAACUAUUCUGUAAUGAACAUGAUUCAUUUUUUUUUUGGCCAGGAAAAGGACUUUAAAAAUUAAACCAAGAGGUGUUCCUGGCUGUGGCACAGCAGUUAAGGAUCUGGAAUUGUCUCUGUGGCGGCACAGGUUCGAUCCCUGGCCCAGCACCCUUGGUUAAGGAUCUGGCAGUGCUGCAGGUGCAGCAUAGGUUGAAACUGCGGCUCAGAUUUGAUCCCUGGCCCAGGAACUUCGAUAUGCUGUGGGUGCAACCAAAAAAAUUAAAUGAAGAAAAUAUUCCUACAUAGCAAGCUCCACAAAGGUGCAAUUAUUUAUCUAGGCACAGUCCACGGGUUUCUAUCCUAAUCACUUUCCUUGGAGGAAAUACAGCAGAUUGAACCUUUAUAGAGCCUGUGUUCAUAGCACCUUGACCGCAGACCCACUAUCAUUUCACUGGGAUUUUGUUGAGAGGGUGGGUUACUGGUAAAAAGAAACAUAUGUUUUAGAUAUUUAAGAUACCUAUUUAAAAUAUGAUUACUGGAGUUGCUGUCAUGGCUCAUCAGAAAGGAAUCUGACUAGUAUCCAUGAGGAUGCAGGUUCUAUCCAUGGUCUUGCUCUAUGGGUUAAGGAUCUGGGGUUGCCGUGAGCUGUGGUGUAGGUUGCAGAUGCGGCUCAGAUCUGGGGUUGCUGUGGCUGUGGUGUAAACCAGCAGCUACAACUCCAGUCGACCCCUAGACUGGGAGCCUCCAUAUGCCGCAGUGGCAGCCCUAAAAAGACAAAAAAUUUUAAAAAUAAAAUAAGAUUACUAUGCUUUUUUUUGAAAGAAAAUUUUAAGAAUUGUUUAAACUAAAGAAAAAAAACAACUUUGUAAUUUAAAUGUACACUGUGGUUUGGUUGUGGACAGCUUCUAUUUCACAGCCCCAAAGUGCUUUUAAUUUAGUAGGCUAUUGUCAUCUUUUAUUUUUCUAGAAUUUUAAUAUGUUUAGUUGGGACAUAUCCCAGAAAUUCUAAUGAAAAGUACAGCAAGUUUGAAGUGUUAGUAAUUUUUAACAAGUAUAAUUCUGCUUUGAACUUCUAAUACUUUAAUAUCAAGCAUAUGGAGUCAGACACAAAAAUAUACAUUUAAAAUGUCCAAAUAUUUGAAUAUAAUUGCAUGUGUAUAUAUAUAUAUAUAUGAAAAAUCAUGUUUUUAAUCAAUAAAAUGAAAUAUCUCAUA